AUGUAUUGCACGGGGUUUCCCGCCCGGAGCACAGUACCAAACGCGGCUUCCAGGGGGUAUAAGCAUUGGGAUGUCGAGAUUGUACAGGAUAUUGAGUCUUCACUACUCCUCUACCUAGAAGCAAAAGCAUUCGACCAAUUUGGGAGCGGAUUGGCCGAGUGAGUGAUUGUGAAUAUAUGCAGUGCUUGCACUGAUUCCAAUAUUUCUUUAAAAUUAUCUUACCUUGUUUAUGUUAGGGAAUUGUCGCCUCAUCUCCGAUUUCCAAAGCAUUCUUGUUUCCGCUGGCCCUGGCGAUUAGGUUUCUCUCCUAGAUCUGGGCAAUUGACUACGGCCGACUCAACCGCCAGGGUUAAAGGUCUGGAAACUAACCGUACCAGGCCGUCUCGGGGAUCGGACGUAAGGCUAUCAUACAACUGUGCAGCGCCCACAGCCUACGUGGCACUGCCGGAAGCAGCCCCCAGUCCCCUGCUGUAG